AUGAUGUUCAAGCCAGCUGUACUUCUUGCUGCUCUGGCAGUACUGUCAGCAGCACUGCCCGCCGACGUCAAGCGUGACUCUGCUGAAGUGGCCAAGCGCGACACCCUCGUCAAGUUCUCCACUGAUGUCGACGGCAUAGUCGGUAUUGACGAUCUCGCGAAACGCAAAGAGGAAACCGAACACGUGGCGGACCUUGCAAAGCGUAAACAAGACACCGGCGAUCUUGCGAAGCGUGACGAAGAAACUGAUGAUGUCGGCUUCCUUGCGAAACGCAAAGAGAAAUCCGGUGACGUUGGCGAUUUUGCAAAGCGCAAGGAAGAAUCCGGUGGUGUCGGAGACCUCGCUAAGCGCAUUGGCUCUGAAGAAGAGAUUGGUAUCGAUGAACUUGCCUAG